GUUGAGGUUGGAUCAAAAGUGCGUACCUCAUCAGCGACUGACUGACUUUGCCGCGUGGAAGUUUGGAAACGUCUCAACCAAGGACACCCAGCAAAACAAUGCCCCAAGCGACCUUCACUGCCGCGUUGAUUGAUAGAAAGGCAUCGAUAGCCUAUUGCUGCUGCUGCUGUUGUUGGCAUUGUUGUUGUUUGGCAAAGCUCUAGCUUGCUAUCCAGCUGUCAUAAUUCAACCAAGAAACAAACAGUGCACGUUCGAGCGCCAAAGGAUUCCAAUAAGAGCCUCACAAAAACAAACUGGAUCUCCAAUUCUAUAAGAGAGGCUGAUCCAACCUAAUAACUCCACACUGCUUGUAGCACAGGGACUAACACAUCACAUCACAUCAUAAUAAACUGAUUUGGAACGAUGUUACAAUACGACAAUUCCGCCUUCUAUUUCUUUGCGCUCAGUUCGCUGAGUUUCUACUUGGUGCCAUCAUGGUGGUCUAUUUUGAAACGCGUGGUGAAUGCCUUUACGGUGAGCGAUGAAGCCAUUGGUGCCGUGACGCGUACGACGGCUGAAAAGAAAAAAGCGGAAGAAAUCAAAAAGGAAACCAAGGGCAUUUCCACUCUGCUGGGCAACCGCAGUUUUCUCUUGCACGUCUUGUUCACACUUGCCGUCACUGCCAUUUUCUGUUGGCUCCUCGUGUCCGUCUCGAUUGAUGGAGAAGUCAAUACAUUCGAUCCCUUUCAUAUUUUGGAAAUUGACACGGGCGCCGACAACAAGGCCAUUAAAAAGGCAUACCGCAGUUUGUCACUCAAAUACCAUCCCGACAAGAAUCCCGGAGAUCGAGCCGCCGAAGCCAAAUUCAUGAUGGUCUCCAAAGCAUACGAAGCGCUGACGGACGAAGAAGCCAAACGCAAUUACGAACUACACGGAAAUCCCGAUGGAAAACAAUCCCUCGAAGUAUCCAUUGGUCUGCCCACCUUUUUACUCGAUACCAACAAUCGAAAUCUCGUACUCAUGGUCUAUCUCAUCUUCAUGGUGGUCCUUGUGCCCUUUGGUGUUUACACAUACUACUCCAAUUCCUCCAAAUUUGGAGAAAAGGAUGUCAUGUACGACACGUACUCGUGGUUCCAUUACACACUCAAUGAACAUACCAUUAUCAAGUCGUUGCCCGAACUCAUGGCCGGAUCGGCCGAAUUCCGAAAACGAAACAUGCCCAAAGACUCCAACGAAAAAAGUACCAUUGCCAAAUUGCUCUCGGGAAUGCGCUCGCAAAUGCAAAAACCCAAAUACAAUCAUCCCGUUUGUGUCAAGGGAAAUGUGUUACUUCAUGCCUAUCUAUUGCGCAAGACGGAUGCACUCACCGCCGGUCUCAAGGAGGAUUUGCGAUGCAUGCUACGAUUGUCCAGUUCUCUUUUGGAUGCCAUGAUUAGUGUCUGUCAACAUCAAGAUUCACUCCAGACCGCCAUGAAUUGCAUCGAGUUGGGCCAAUACCUGUCGCAAGCCAUGUGGGUCAAGGAUUCGUCACUGCUGCAAUUGCCACACUUUACCGCAGAAGAAAUCAAGCAUGUCGAAAAGGGAAAACAAAAGUGCGAUGGAAUUUUGCAGUAUCGAGAUUUGCCCGAUGAUCAAAAGAAGGGAAUGAACGAUUUCACGGACGCCCAAAAGGCCGAUGUCGCCGCGUACUUGAAAUUGUUUCCCGAUAUCACGGUCGAAUCCAAGGUCUUUGUCGAUGACGAUGAAGAUGACAAGGUCUACGAAGGUGAUCUCUGUACCGUCAAAGUAUCCAUCACCCACAACAAUGUCAAGGAGGGAGAAUCCAUUGGAUUGGCCCAUGCGCCACUCUUUCCGUACCCCAAACAGGCUGCCUGGUGGAUCAUUCUAGGAACCAAGGAGGGAAAAAUUAUCAAUAUUGAAAAAAUCAGUGCCACCGCCAAGACCAUUCAUCAUGCCAUCAAGUUCUUGGCACCUCGUCAGGGCGAAUACAACUUUGAUCUCUGGGUCAAGAGUUCCGCAUACAUUGGCUGUGAUCAAAAGGAAUCUGUCAAGUUGACAACGCUCGAUAACUCGGUUCUGCCAGAAUACAAGAUUCAUCCCGAUGAUGCCGAGUUGGAUGACGAACCAACCUUGUUUGAAGAGAUCCUCAAUGCACACAUUGAACAGGACAGUGAUGACGAUGACAGCGACGAUGAAUCGGACGCCGGAGGUGAUGCCAACAAGAAAGAGGCCGUGCCUGAUUCUGCGGCGGCAAAGAAGAAGGCCCAAUUGCAAAAGGCACGACAAGCUGCUGGGGGAGACGACGACGAUUCGGACGACGACAGUGAUGCCGAGGAAGUUUACGCAGAAAAAUAAAGUGGCGCUGAUAAAGAGUCGAAUGGCUGGAUCUACACGUCCUACUGUAGAAAUGGACGAGGAGACGAGCAAUAUAUGGAGAGCGGCCGCUGCAAAGUUGUGCGCAAUUCUAUUAGUAAUAUAUUUACCUAUGCAUAGCGCCGUUGUCUAAAUCCUUAGUAGCUGUCUUCCUUUACCUCUCCUUCUUCUUCUUCCU